AUGAGCGACCGUGACUUGGCCCACCACCACAAGGUGCUCCGCCAGUUUUUGGACAUUUCCGACGACUCGCUGGGACGAGCGAAACCGCUGCUGACCCAGCGGGCGGCGCGGGCACGAGAGAAGCUUUUGAAGCUUUCGGCGGCCCAGUUCAGAGAGUUGCUGACCGACGUCUACGACGAGUUACAGCGCCGCAUCGACGAGCUGAGGGGCGAGCCUCAGUACUUGUUGCCAAAACAACUGUUCCACCCGAAACGCAACCAGGCGAGACAAAAAUUGGCGCUGUUGCCGCAACUGAGGUUCAAGGACCUCGUCAGCGAUAUCAGCUACGAAAUCGAGCGCAGGGGGCUCGAUACUGAAACCACUGACGCUUCCAAAGACCGCAAACCGCUGGUGGCUCUGAAUAAACUGUUACCAGCCCCUCCACUGCAACAGCAGCAGCAGCAACAGCAGGUACACCAGCAACUGCAACAACAGCUGCAGCCUCAGCCGCAGACGAUCACCGUGCCGGAAAUGCCGAUAAAUAAUCAAAACAGCCAGGCGCCGCCGCUGCCUGUUGGUGUAUCGCUGAAGAUGGUGGUGCCUACUAAAGCCAACCUCCUGUGGUCUCUGGACGAAGAAGAAGACGAUGAGAAUCAUCCGAAACAGCUUGAAGCGGAAAAGGAAAAGGAAAGUGACGACCCUACUACCCCGUCAAAGAAUAAACUGGUGGCGAAACAACUGCCUACCCGCCUGCCGCUGGAAGUGGCUCUGCUUCGAGAACAGCUCGCCAAGAUGACUCAUGAGAGAGAGGUUAACAUUUCUAAGAUCCAUGAAUUGGAACUGCGGCUACAGGAGUUUAACCCUGAGGAUUUCCGGUCAUUAGAAGCCGAACACGCUAACUUAAAGCUUCAACACGAUGACCUUAACCAGCGGUUUCAGGAGAUUCAACAACAACACGAGGAAGCCACUACUAGGCUGCGUGAUCUCGAACAACUGUCACAAGAUUUACAGUCUCGUCAUGACCAACUUGAGUCCCACAAUCAACUGCUUCAAGAACAAUUACGUCAAGCUCAACAGCAAGUUGAUGACCACCAAGUGAAAGCACGUGAUUUGGAGACCAACGCCCACUCUCAUGGCGAACAGUUAACUCACCACCAGGCCCGUAUCGCUGAGCUUGAAAGCCAAGUACAAACCUACCGCGGUCAGGCCCAAGCUACAGCGUCUACCGAACAAUUACAGCGUGAACUUGAAGCAGCAUACUCGGAAUUAUCGCAAACUAAAGCCCAGUUAGCCGACGCCCGCAAGACCAUCACUCUGCUUGAAUCUCAGCUUGAACAACCACAACCUCAACAACAACAACGUGGGUUAUCCCCUGGUGGCCCUCAAUCGCUGGACACUGUUCGCACUAAUGUGGCCGCUGAUCUCGAUAUCUUCCUCCACAAGAUGGCCACCAUCGAGAACGCUCACCCAGGGCUGACUCAUUUGAAGCAGGAAGUGCAAUUCUGGAAGUCCAAGUUUGAGGAACUGACGUCGCACCAGCUUAUGACUCAAUACCUGGGUCAAUUAAGCGAAAAGUCCAUGGCUCCUUUGGUGCUGCCUACGGGCCAUGUGUCCCUCCAGCUUGUGGCUGACUGCCACGCUCUCGUCGAGCUGUUCUUUGCCCUUACUGGCCGUGACCACUUGGAAAUCGACCCGCUUUUCGAAACUGUGGCUAAAGUGUCGGUAUUGGCUCUGGAGAUUGCUGGCCAAGCGGAACAGGGCCUGGACCAUAAACUUGAAAUGAGUAACGCUGUGAGAGAGCUGCUGGCGUUUGUGCUUACCGCUACUCGUUAUUUCGCUGUCUACCCUAAAUUGAUCCCUAAAGUGAUUGUGGAACGGGCGAUGCUGUCAGUGGUGUUCACUGUGUGUGACUUGGUGCUGAUGGCGAAAUUGAGAACCGGUGGUUCUGCUGGUGACCGUCUGGUAGCUCCCGUGACCUCCAAAUCGACUAACAACAAUGCUGCUACUGCUGGGUCAUCCUCACUGGAAGACUUUGGCGCCAAGCCAUUGAAGAUCGGUAACCCUCAUGAGCCUCGCGUGAUUACUCAAACCAUUCCUCACCCGAGAAAGCCGCUGGAACUGAAGAAGCCUGAGCUGCCGCAAAUGGUCAACAAACCCCUCCCCAAGGCCCCGCUGACUCCCGUCACACCCAUCAGCCAAACCCUGUACGAUGCUACUACCAAUGAUCAACCGGUUCAGCCGCAACUGCGUGAUACGUCAGUCGAUAUCCCUCGGGAUACGUCCUCACGCUCGCUUCAUUCGGCGACUUCUGCUUCAGAACAGUUUGCCCCUCCUUUACUCCGCAAAUCGCUGCUGUCGCUGCUUAAACUGAACGACCUGAACCUGCUGCAAAAGCUGGGCCUCUUGCUGAUGUUUAAGCGGGUGGUUUCGGGGUCAAACAAGGACACCAACGGUGAUGCUAACGAACAGCUGGACCUGGCCCUGAUUCAUCUGGACCAACAACUGAGUCUUCUGGUCGAUCAAGGUCAACAAAAGCAGAACCGCAAGCUGAUCCAGAUCCGCAACCUCGACCUGAUGCCGGCGCGGACAAUGCUGAUCAAGGACUUGGACCGCGCCAACGAAAUGGUGGCUCGCGGCCUUGACUUUGUUGGUGAAGACGAUGGUGAAGUCGACGACGGCGACGUUGUUGACCCUGAUCUGCUUGACGAAGAGCCGUUGGAACACCUGACGUUCGACACCGAUCUGCCCCUGCUGACGGCACACACUCUGCCUCAAAACCCUCAUAACCAACCGCUGGCCGCUGUUGAAAAGCCGAAUGGUCAUCACGGUGUUGACGGUAGUAGUCCCGAUGAAGACGUGUCGGAGACUGUCGAUAAGCUGUUGUUUAGCGAUGCCCCUAAGCGCCACUCUGUUUACCUGAACGAUGACGAAGCUGAAGUACCCGCCUUAUCUAAGCAGAUCCUCAAUGACGACGACGACGACGAUGAAGAUGUUGAUGUGCCGGUGACCCGCAAACAGGUGAAGAUUGCCGAGCCCGUGGAUGCCUACUCUGAGCUGGACCUGGAGUACGACCAACAGGCUCCGCUUAAGAAGGAGGAGGAAAAGAAACAGGUGAAGAAGGCACCGGCCCCCAUUGUUAUGAGCAAAGUGAGGGAACGGGCGCUGGCGUUUGAACGUGGUCACAACGAGAACGACGAAGCUAAGCGGUUGAGACAACAACAAGUCCGUGAACGGGAAGCUCUGCGUCAACGUGAAGCUCUGGUCAAAGCGCAACAGGCCCUAGUUGAUGACUCUCCGCAAUCACCCGAGCAAACGACGAUGGCUAAGCGGUUACUGGACCCUAAAGUCACCGUCGCCAAGUUCCAAGAAGAGGUCAAGAGAGUUCUGCUGAAUGGUCCUGCCACUGCUACUCCCAAUGGCACCCUGAUCGUUGAAAAGGAGAGGGCUAAAUUAGCUCAAUUGGAAGCUGAUCGUCUUGACGCUGAACGGAAGGAAGCCGAACGGAAACAAAAGCAACGUGAGAUCCAAGAACGGGAACGCCAAGAGGCUCAACAACGUGAAGCUGAACGCCGAGAAGCUGAGGAGCACGCCGAGCGUACGGCUGCCGAUCGCCUGAUCACCGCUAGCCCCAGUGAGGAGGCAGAACUGGUAGCAGUGCCCGCUCAAGCGAAACUGGUGACGAUGGUGCUGCCAGCAACGCUGCCGAUCCUUAAAAAGCUGGGUGCAAUGGGUGUCGUCGGUGGUCCCAAAAAGCUGGUAAAAAUCGCCCCUCUGAGUGCCUCUGAAGACGAAAGCGACGACACUGAUGUUGACGAUGCUGCCACCGAAAACGACGAGGAAGACGAGCUGCUGGAAGAAGAAGAUGACGAAGAAGACGACGACGACGACAACGAGCUGCUGGAGGAGGAAGAGGACGACGACCCUGAAAAAAAGGGAGUCAACGCUCAGGCUCGCCAGCGGCAAGAGUACCGUAAGCUGAUGGCUGCGGCGACGUUCAACGUCGAGCACUUCGACAUCGACGACCCCGACAAUUCGUUGACCCAAGUGUUGCUUUAUCUUGAGCACCAGACAGUGCAGGUGAUCAGCACCAUCCAGCUGUUGUUGCAGGCGAUCAAGAAGCCCGAGCUGACCCGGGGUGAUUUGCGGCAGAAGCUGUUUGCCAUUGCCGACGUGAUCAACCAGAUGACGGAGGCGACCAACACCCUGAUGAACCAAACGCGGAACGCGCUGUUGAAGCAGCACGGCCAGUGGGUGGUGCGGCUGCUUGAGGACUGCGAGACGAGAAUGAAGGCGUUGUGCAAGCCGCUGGCGGACAAAUUGGACCUGGACUACGCCGACAAGAGCUUCAAGCAGCGGUUGGCGGGGAUCUCGUUCGACAUUGCCAAGUGCACUAAAGAGUUGGUGAAGACGGUGGAAGAAGCGAGUUUGAAGGAAGACAUCGAGUACCUUAACCGUCGCCUUAAGGACGAGUAA